UGUAGUUGCACGCGAAAACUCCCAGAAUUCACCGGGCGCACCAGCAACCCUCUGCGCGAGCCGCCACACGCGACGGACCGACCGACAGUGAACCGGUCGCUGUGUCACAAACAUGGCGGCGUUCAGUAAAUACGUGACCGCGACGAACUCGUCGGUGGCCGGCGGCGUGUUGCUGCUGCUGUACCUGCUGAGGCGGCGACGGCGGUCGGGCAGAGCGGACGGUAGAAAAGGAGGCUCCGACCCUGUGCUGAACUCUGAGAAAGAUGGCAAAAAAGAUCGCGCAGCCGUGGACAGAGUUUUCUUCAUCCGAAUCUUCCAGAUUCUGCGGAUCAUGGUCCCUCGAUUCUUCUGCAUGGAGACUGGGUACCUCGUGUUUAUCGCUGCCAUGUUGGUGGCCAGGACCUACUGUGACGUGUGGAUGAUCCAGAACGGCACCAUGAUCGAAAGUGCAAUUAUCGGUCGCUCCACAAAAGAUUUCAAGAUCUUCUUGUUCAGCUUUAUGAAAUUCAUGCCAGUUAUUGCCUUGGUGAACAACUUCCUAAAGUUGGGCCUGAAUGAGCUGAAGCUGAGAUUUCGUGAGAGGCUCACAAAGAGCUUGUACGACCAGUACCUGCAAGGUUUCACCUACUACAAAAUGGGAAACCUGGACAACAGGAUAGCCAAUGCCGACCAGCUAUUGACGCAAGACGUGGAGAGGUUCUGCAACAGUGUGGUGGACCUUUAUUCCAACCUCAGCAAGCCUCUGUUGGACAUCGGUCUGUACAUCUUCAAGCUGACAAGUGCCAUCGGCGCUCAGGGCCCAGGCAUCAUGAUGGCCUACCUGCUGAUCUCGGGUCUGUUCCUGACUAGACUGAGGAGGCCAAUAGGCAAGAUGACGGUCGCCGAGCAGCGCUACGAGGGAGAGUACCGUUACGUCAACUCCCGUCUCAUCACCAACAGUGAGGAGAUCGCCUUCUACAAUGGGAACCGGAGGGAAAAACAGACCAUCCAUACCACGUUCAAGAAACUGGUGGACCACUUGCAUAACUUCAUCUUCUUCCGCUUCUCCAUGGGAUUUGUGGACAGCAUGAUUGCCAAGUACCUGGCCACAGUGGUGGGCUACCUGGUGGUCAGCCGCCCGUUCCUAAACCUGUCCCACCCCCAACAUCUGCACAGCACACACUCUGAGCUACUGGAGAACUACUACCAGAGUGGGAGGAUGCUCCUCAGAAUGUCCCAGGCCCUGGGCAGGAUCGUGCUGGCUGGUCGCGAUAUGACCCGCCUCUCGGGAUUCACGACUCGAAUCACAGAACUCAUGAAAGUCCUUAAAGAGCUGAAUGCUGGCAAAUACGAGCGCACCAUGGUCUCGCAGCACGAGAAAGAAUCAGACACAACAGAGAAAUUGGUACUGGUGCCAGGGAGUGGUCAGGUUAUCAACAAAGAUAACAUCAUCAAAUUUGACCACACCCCACUAGCAACACCCAACGGAGACAUCCUGAUAAAAGACCUCACGUUUGAGGUGAAGUCGGGCACCAAUGUCCUCGUGUGUGGACCAAACGGUUGUGGAAAGAGCUCUCUGUUCAGAGUGCUCGGAGAGCUGUGGCCUUUGUUUGGGGGAAACCUGACAAAACCUGAGAGAGGGAAGCUCUUCUAUGUCCCACAGAGACCCUACAUGACCCUGGGCACCCUGAGGGACCAAGUCAUUUACCCCGACACCAAUGAAGAACAGAGGAGGAAAGGCAUCUCUGACCAGGUUUUGAAGGAGUACCUGGACAAUGUCCAGCUGGGACACAUCCUGGACAGGGAGGGCACCUGGGACACAGUCCAGGACUGGAUGGACGUCCUCAGUGGAGGAGAGAAGCAGAGGAUGGCGAUGGCCAGACUCUUCUACCAUAAACCCCAGUUUGCCAUCCUAGAUGAGUGCACGAGCGCAGUGAGCGUGGAUGUGGAGGAUUUCAUCUACAGCCACUGCAGGACGGUGGGCAUCAGCUUGUUCACAGUGUCUCACAGAAAGUCACUCUGGAAGCACCACGAGUAUUACCUCCACAUGGACGGGAGAGGAAACUACGAGUUCAAACCCAUCACAGAUGAAACGGUGGAGUUUGGCUCGUAAAACUGCCCAACGGUCGCGCCAGAAGCACUGCGCUCAUAAAACAAACUGGUCCAUCAACUCUUUGCACUUUGCAAGAUAGAAGAUUAAAAAAAUAACUAGAAGGCUAGCUACCUAAAAGUAGAAACUACUGUUUUUAAUCAUUUGUAACUCUCUGCCCUGUUUUGUUUUUUUGUUUCGUUUUAAUUUAAAGCCUCACUUUGUUUAAUCAAGACUUUGUUCAGCGGGAUUAUGAAACACCUGUAAAUUAUAUUUAACAUCUAAUGUCGUGUUUAACAAACACUCGGGAUGAUUGAGCGAAGAUGGAAUCGUACUGUACUGUUUUACUAAUCUCUGCAUUUAUCUGUCAUAUCUCACAGGGAUUGGUAUCUUGAAAUCGCAAGUUAAUUUAUCUUGUCAAGGCACCAAGCUAUUAUCAUAGGAUCACAACAUGGUUGUCAGAGGAGAAAUGGUGGUUAAAAAGCUAAUCACAUACACCUACAUCCAAUCAUGGAUCGUAAAAGCUUGGGCUGCAGUUAAGGCUGCAUCCACACUACUACGUUUUAGUUUUAAAACGCAUCGCCGCUGCUACGUGUACGCCUGCCGUCCACACGACUCUGGAGUUUUCGAACGCCUAAAACAGAAAAUUUGGAAAUGCUGCUCGCCAUGUUUUAGUUUGAAAACUCUGGGUCUGCGUUGUAGAUUGGACCGGCAAAAACUCGGUUGGAAACAAGGAUGCAGUUAAUCUGCAUCGCUUUGUCUCGACUCGCCUUCCAACUAUGAAGGUGAAAAAUAAAAAAUGUAAACGUUUAGCAUUCACCUUUGCUUAUCGCUGAUACGGAGCUGAGAGGCUUUUGUACUGUGAUCAUUUUAGUUUUAAAUCAAAAAUGUGUUGGUCUGGAUGAAGUAAGAAAACGGUUCUCCUGAAUUCAGUAGACAUGGGAAUCAUUAUAACCAGGAAACAAGUCUGACCUCUCCAGAAACUGGCUUUAAAACGUACAAACUAAAAGGACCAUUACUGUAGAUCCUCGUCAUCAGACCAUCUUCAUCAUUAAAUCUUUUUCCUGUUUUUUUAACCUCAUGAUGAUAUAUUAAUUAAGCAGUGAUCACGUGAUAAAGUGCCCAAAAAGAAAAGAAGUCGACCACAGCAGCUCUUAGCUUCUGAACAGAAUUAUAUUUUCCAGAAGCAGCUCUUCACUGAGGCUUUGAGGGGCUGACUGUACUGUAGCAUGGCAGCGAGGCCUCUUGAGUAAACUGUGCAGUCUGGGGGAAGGACAGCUCUGUGUCCGCACGACCAUCCUCACUACAUAUCACUGUCCUGCUGUCAGAGGCAACGGGAUCAGUCCCUCAGUUAUAAUUUGUAAAUCUCAGCCUCUAGUGCAGCACUCUUUUUUUUUUUUAAUGUACAUUCCUUCUGAGUGCCUAAAACGUUACGAGCAUCCUGACGUGUAGAAUGUCGCUCCCGCAGCAGGUGUAGAUGCCCACGGUUCUGUUGACCUGGAAAAAAAAAGUAGAAAGCGAUGGUAUUAAGGGAGUUCAUAAUUUUAAUUUGAGUUAUUACUUGAAAAGUAAUAGGCCUGGUGUGCAUUAUGCGAAAGUCACAUGACAUCACGAGGCCGGACUACUGACGAGGCGCCUCAGGAGCAGUGUUUGCGGUUGGGGAAACCAAAUUUGGGCUUUUGAACUUGGCAAAACUAUACAACACACUAGAGGUGGUGGGGGUGGGGGGAGGGGGGGUAAUUCUCAGUCGACUGUUAUUUUCCAUCCAGUUUCAUGUCCUAGCUUAAAUCUUUUUGUUCAGGUGGUUGAUCAUGUUCCCUGAAAAUCGAAGACAUGAGGUCCAUAGUCAUCAAACGGCAAACAAUAAAAGCAAUUUGUUUUUUUUGUUUAUCAGUAAACCUUCUAAUAAUCUCAUUGUCGUCCCAUUCCAGUGAUGUGAAAUCCUGUUAAAAUUGAAUGUAUUUCUUGGGUGUCGGGAGUGAAAUCUGUUGAAUUUGAGAUAAUUACCAUGAUAAUAACUGAUUUUACAUGAACUCUUAUAAAGCUGGGGACUGGUUCUAAAGUGCAAUAAUGGUUUCUUCACUGGUACAUGAAUAUGCAGAAAAGAUCCUUCCCCAUCAAAGCCUGUCAUUACUCGGCAUGUUUCUGUUCUGACGCUCAUGCACACGAGUGACUGUGUUAUGAAAAUGUAAAAAGGAGCCUGAGCUGUGCCCAUGGUUUUAUAUGGAUAAAUAUGCAGUUAUGAUCACUAAAAAUAAUUAAAAAUGUAGGUGUAAUGAGUUUUCA